CUCUGUAUUCCCAGGACUGUCCAGAGGAGAAGGUCCCAGAUUAUCCUCAGAUGACAAAUUGUGGGGAAAUUCUGACUGAUAUUAAAAUGGAGGAUGAAGAAGAGCGGAUGAUGUGCAAUCCCCCAUGUAAGAGUGAGGUGGAGGAGGACAUUCCAGGAGAUAUCACCACAGAAAAUCCCACUAAGAAUACUGAGGCAAACGUCAUGUUAUCACUAAAUUAUAAAGCAGAAGAAGAAGAUAUCAUGCGGUGCUCUUCAGGAGAAAGUUUAUAUCCAGAACUUCACAGUACAUGUAAUCUCCCUAACCAUGAGGGACCUUCUCCUAAUCAAUCAUGGACUGUUACAAGUACAGGUCAUAAAGGGGGUAAAAGGUUUCAUUGUGAUAAAGCGUUCACAAAGAGAUCAAGACUUUCUACACACAGAAGAUGUCACACAGGGAAGAAACCACACUCCUGUUCAGAAUGUGAGAAGUGCUUUACAAAUAAAAAAUAUCUUGUUAAACAUGAGAAACAUCACACAGGAGAGAAACCACAUUCAUGUUCAGAACUUGGGAUUUUUCUUUUAAGUAGAUCGAAUCUCAUUAGACAUGAGAGAACUCCCACACGAGCGAAGCCAUAUUCGUGUUCAGAAUGUGGGAAAUGUUUUGCACAGAAAUCACAUCUUGUUACACACGAGAGAAUUCACAGUGGAGAGAAGCCACAUUCAUGUUCAGAAUGUGGGAAAAGUUUUACAGAUAUAUCAAGUCUUGUUAAACAUGAGAGAAUUCACACAGGAGAAAAGCCAUAUUCAUGUUCAGAAUGUGGGAAAUGUUUUACGAAUAAAUCACAUCUUGUUACACAUCAGAAAAUUCACACAGGAGAGAAGCCAUAUUCAUGUUCAGAAUGUGGGAAAUGUUUUACAUAUAAAUCAAGUCUUGUUUGUCAUGAGAGAACUCACACAGGAGAAAAGCCGUUUUCAUGUCCAGAAUGUGUGAAAUGUUUUACGAUUAAAUCACAUCUUAUUACACAUCAGAAAAUUCACACAGGAGAGAAGCCAUAUUCAUGUUCAGAAUGUGGGAAAUGUUUUACAUCUAAAUCAAGUCUUGUUUCUCAUCAGAGAAGUCACACAGGAGAGAUGCCAUUUUCAUGUUCAGAAUGUGGAAAAUGUUUUAAAACUAAAUCAAAUCUUGUUGCACAUAAGCGAGUUCACACGGGAAACAAACCACAUUUAUGUUCAGAAUGUGGGAAAUUCUUUACAGAGAAAUCAAGUCUUGUUAGGCAUGAAAGAAGCCAUAGAGGAGAGAAGCCGUUUUUAUGUUCAGAAUGUGGGAAACGUUUUACACAAAAGCCAAGCCUUGUUGCACAUCAGAGAAGUCACACAGGAGAGAAGUAUAGAUGAGAGAAUUUCUUGAAAUAUGUUUUAAUUCAGGUACAAAUAAACUCAACUGUGUUUAAAAUACAUGAUUAAACGUUUGAUCUUGUGCAUCCGCCAGAAUGGUGGACACGUUAAACAUGUCAUGUAAAGACUUUUAGGAAACACUUGACUCCUAAACAGGUAAAUAUAGAUCACAAACUGACACUUCCAGUGAGUUUUAGUAAAUCUAUCCAAGGUUGAUAUAGCACAUGACCUCCUUCCCACUGGAAAAGCCAGAGCUGAAUUCAAUAUGAUAAAUUUCAAAAUGGUGGUCGAACACCAAAUAACACAUCCUCUCUCCCUAUUAAUACUCCUAGAUUGGAAGUCAAUUUUCUACAAAUUGCACCAGUUAAAACUUUGCGUCCAGACUUUUGCCUCACCCUG